AGGGGGGGGGGAGAGAGGGGAAGCAGCAGAAGUUAAGCUGCUGGCUGGAUCAUCGUGGAUCGGAUUGUGAAGGAAAAAUACGGACGCACAACUUUCUAGCAAAUUCUGGUCUUUUGAUACUUUCUAAAUCGAUGUCUUUCUUUCUCCUGAAAUUUGAACAUGGCCUGUAAACGUGCAAAAGUUUUUCUUGGGUUCGACGAUGAAGUCAUCACUGACAAGUACAAAAGCCAGGUUAAUUUCACGACAAACAAACUUGGUGGAAAUCCAAACUGGCCUCUUGAUGGCAUCACAUCUCCCCUCUGUAAACUAUGUGGUCUGCCACCUCCAAUCAUUGUGCAAAUCUAUGCACCUCUUGAAAACUCCCCAUAUCAUCGCACCCUUUACCUUUUUGGCUGUUUAAACCCAAACUGUUGGAAUCAGAAUGAAAGUUGGGUUUGCUUUCGCAGCCAAGUUCUCGACUCUAGCUCCAAGGAGCAAACAACAAACACCUCCUCUGUGACCGUUGCGUUGGGUGCUUCUGAUUGGUGUGCAGAUGCUGAUGAUUGGGAUGAAGAUUUGGAAAAUGGAAAUCUCGUUGCUCCAUCUGAUAUCAAUGAUAUGUCUGACGGGGAGUGCGAGCACAGUUGUAAUACAUGCACCAAUAGUGGGUCCCCUGAUUCAGCCGAUGAUGCUGAUGAUGUUUUGGAUAUUGACGGUCAAUCUACGGAUGCCCUAAGCUCCCAGCUGGGUAAGAUGAGAAUGGACAGUGCUGCUGAACGAGAUGCAAACUUCAAUGCAUCCUGGAACAAAGGUAGACUUGACGGCGCUCGAGCAAACCUUCACUCACCUCAGGCUUCUGCUGAAAUUGAGGGAGAUGAAAGUGAACUGGUUACCAUUGACACACCUACAGGACCACAGUUUGACCUACAUGCUUUACUUCAGGAGUCUGCACCACUGCCAAAAGAUGUUCGAAAUGCUCAAUUUACACCUUAUUUUAUUUGUGUAGCGGAAGAAGACAUUAAGAGAAGAGAUAAAGAGGUUUCAGGCCAUGUAAGACUUUUGCUGGCUGAGUACCAGCAGAGCCAGGGCCAGGCAUUUAACUCUGAUGUUCAAGAAGCUGAAGGAGGAGGAUGUGCUGGGAGUGACUCUGAGAAGUACGAACAAUCUAUUCCUGCUCACGGGGACGUGCUGUUUCAUCGUUUUCUGCAACACAUUCAGCAAACUCCUGGGCAAAUUUUAAGGUAUUGUCGCGAAGGUGGGUCUCCUCUUCCAAUUGCACCUCUGGUUGAUGUACCAUCAACCUGCUCCUAUUGUCAAGGAGAAAUGGUGUUUGAACUUCAAGUUCUGCCUUCCAUAAUUCCCAAACUCAGACUACAAAUGCAAGGUGGAAUGGAUGUAAGUGGAAGCCACAUUGAAUUUGGAACAGUUUUAAUAUGGACUUGCCGACAAAGCUGCUGGGCAACAGGUGACAAUGUUAGAGAGGAAAGAGUCAUUGUCCAGGCUGAAAGAUUUUAGCACCAUUUGCUCUAUUGUGUAAUGCAUAUUUGGUUAUUUGGAGUUGUUUAUGUCACAUUCCUAUGACUUCAUCUUCUUAAAAGGCUGUGUUCAAACCAUUUUAUGUAUUUUAUAGAAGUAGGUGUUGUUUUCCCUUUGCCAGAAUUUAGAUCUAUUUGUGAUGUAUUUAUGAUGCUCCUUCCAGACCUGUACUUAUUUUCUUGUAACAAGAAAAUCAUACUUCCAACUAUACGAGUUCGUACAAUGCUUAUAGUUUGAUGUAUUUGUUGCCAAUUAUAUUUAUGCUUUUCUAAUGAAUCAGAAAAACAAGAUGUACAGUAGCAACUGGA